CCAAAAGCUAUACUUACUGAACUUGUCCUUCCAAUCAUUUACGCUCCUCUGCCCAACAUAAACACCUGCUAGACUUGUCGUUUAUUGCCUCUGCCCAAUAGAAUUGUUCAAAGCUAGCUACAGCCUACAGGCAUAUAUAAGAAAUUAAAGGAGCUCUUUUGCAUCAAUCAUAUCAUAUCAUCAUCAGUGCAGUAGAGAAUAGAGAUGGAUACGGAGAGACGAAUAGCGAUCAUCGGUGCGGGAGUAGCCGGGCUGGCGGCCUGCAGACACGCAUUAGCAAGGGGUCUGAAUCCAGUGGUUUUUGAAGGUGAAGGAAGGAUAGGGGGAUUAUGGGCUCAAACAAUCGAGUCUACCAAGCUUCAGACACCCAGAUGGUAUUAUGAAUUCCCGGAUUUCCCUUGGCCAUCCUCUGUCCAAGAAACCUAUCCUCACAACACAAAGGUACUCAACUACAUUGAAUCCUAUGCUCAACAUUUUGGGUUGUUGCCGUACAUUAAGUUGAGGUCCAAAGUCAUUUCCUUGGACUAUGUCGGAGUUUCUGAGGAAGAGAUGCAGUCUUGGGAGCUGUGGGGCGGCACCGGUCUAGCAUUCGGUUCAAAAGGGAAAUGGAACCUUUUAGUAGAACACACAGUAGCUGAUCCUCAUCAUCCUUCAUCCACUGAUUCCACUCACACAAACAUAAAGGAGUAUGUGGCGGAGUUUGUUGUUAUUUGUACGGGGAAAUUCAGCGGUCUGGGCAACAUCCCAGAGUUCCCUCCGGGGAAAGGGCCGGAGGUUUUUGAAGGGAAAGUGAUUCAUUCCGUGGAGUAUGGUGCAAUGGACAAUGAAAGUGCUGCACAAUUGAUCAAAGGGAAAAAGGUUGCAGUGGUGGGCUCCCAGAAAUCUGCAGUGGACAUAGCAGCUGAAUGUGCCAAUGCAAAUGGUCCAAAAAAGGCAUGCACCUUGAUUCAGAGGACAGUUAACUGGAUACUUCCUGGUGCCUACAUCAUGGGAGUUAGUCUCUUUGCCUUGUUUGGAAAUCGGUUUACAGAGCUGUUAGUCCACAAGCCUGGAGAAAGCUUCAUACAAAGCAUCUUGGCCACCCUGCUUACACCACUGCUAUGGGGGCUUAACAAAUUUGUGGAGAUGUAUCUUAGAUGGACAUAUCCCUUAAACAAGUACAAAAUGAUACCAAAACACAGCUUGCUGGAGCAAGCAUAUGCUUGUAAGCUCUUCUGGCUUCCUGAUAAUUUUUAUGAAAAAGUAGAAGAAGGGAGCCUCAUUCUUAAGCAAUCCAACAACCUCAGUUUCUGCAAACAAGGCCUACUUCUUGAUUCAGAUCAAUCUGAGCCUAUAAAGGCUGACCUUGUCAUUCUUGCCACCGGAUAUAAAAGCCAAGAAAAGCUCAGAAAUCUUUUCACCUCUAAAACCUUUCAGAACUACAUCAUCAGCCCCACUUCCUCACUACUUGCUCUAUACAGGCAAAUGAUUCCUCCGCGGAUUCCUGGGAUAGCAAUAAUAGGGCAUUCAGAGAGUUUUGCAAACCUUUAUACCUUUGAUGUGAGAUGCCAAUGGCUGGCACAUUUUCUUGAUGAGAAAUUGAAGAUGCCAAGCAUAAAGGAGAUGGAGAAGGAUGUUGAGGAGUGGGAAAAAUACAUGAGAAAAUACUCAGGGGAGGUUUACAGAGGGCCAUGCAUUGGGGGUCUGCAUAUAUGGUAUAAUGAUCAGCUGUGCAGAGAUGUUGGGUGCAACCCAAGAAGAAACAAGGGGUGGCUAUUGGACUUGGUACACCCCUAUGCUCCACCAGACUAUGUUGCAUUUGCUACUACUCCAAAAUAAUUUUAGUUUAAUUUAAUUUAAUUUAAUUUGUUGGAUCUGUAAUAAGGGGGAUUAAUUGCCAUGUCAUGCCUACAAGCAUGCAUGUUGUUGUUGACCCUUAAGAAUAAUUUAUUUACUUGUCAUUCUAGUA